AUGUCCCGCAUCGUCACCGAGAUAGUUACUAUCCCAUUUACCCCUGAAGCAAGAAUCGACGAGGUCGUCCCAAAGACAAUUCCCGUAAUCUCCGCGCAAGAGGGAUGUCGCCGUCUAAAAUGGGGUCGAUGGGAGGAAGACCCGAAUAAAGUUCAGAUGAUGAUUAACUGGGACGACAUCUCUUUCCACCAGAAAUUCAUCGAGAGCGCCGAAUACCCCAAGCUCCUGGGCCUGCUAGAGGGACUUCUCUCUGGCCCGCCAUCAAUCAUCCACGUGCAUUUCGACGAGGAGGCUAUUAACAAAAUCACCGAUGAUCCAAUCGUUGAACUUGCGACAUUUUAUGCCGUCGGUGAGGGCUUUGUAGAUGCUGUAGAUCGGACGUUGGCUGUUGGGAGUGAGUCAGAGGGGUGCCUUCGGUAUACGAGGGGUGAUGUAGUGGAGGAGAUCGCGGUUAGUGAAGGGGAGGCGAAAGAGAAGGGGCACUAUGCGGCCAUCUCGUGGACUUCGCUGCAGGCGCGGUUGCAUGCGACUAAGAGGGAUGAGGUUAAGGAGAGUGGGUUGGGGGUGGUUAGCAAGAUUGGAGGGUACGAAGUACAUCAUGUGAAGUUCCAGUGA